AUGGUAGGAGGCCCUAGUCCAUUGACGCCCACCGUCGUGUCACCAGCUUGCUCUACCCCUUCCACGUCGUCACCCACCGAAAAAAACCUCUUCUUCGACGGCGCUGUGUCCGAGCUCUCUAAGCGCCACGCUGUGCUGCGCUUGCACUUCUACGGUGACGACGAGCGGUGCGCCGUUUCGCUGAAGGCUCGAGCGGUGCUGGUGGACAGCGUCAGUCGCGUAGACGAGGAUGAGAAGGAUCUGGACCCACGGGUCAGGCACGAAUGCGUUGCAGAGCCUGGGAAGUUGGGAUCGGUGGAAUCUAGGGUUUUGCGGAGAGUGAAGGAGGACUUUGGAACUGAAAAGGGGUUUACAGGAUUGGGAGGGUUUGGGAGAAGAUAA